CAAGAUGUACAUUUUAGAAGUGCGCAGGGGACCAGUUUAUAUUUCAAUCGCAUCUCCUCUGUCUUUUCCGUCAAAUUUAGAAUCCGAUUGCUCCACAUGCUUGAUGGUUAUUUUAAACAAUUCUCAUCUCUAGCGGUAAACAACUUAAUGCAUAGGCAGUGAAGAUGUUGAUAAAAAGAUUACUUCAGAUUCCCACAAGAUUGUCAAAACAACUUUUUUGGAGAGUUCCUUCAGCAGCUUAUUGUGAUGUACAGCCAAAAGAGCCACUACAGGAGGAGAUGUUGAGAGAGGCUGAAGAAUUUGUUGCAAACCUUGAUGAAUCCGGAUUAGAGAAAAUGAAAGAAAUUAAACAAUUGCGCGAAAUUUUACAAGGCGAAAAUGUAGAAGUGCCAGAGACUAUACCUAUUACAAGUUGGAAAGUCCUGAUUACCGAGCAUAAUACAUAUAAUGCUAGAGUAAAGUACUUUCGAAAGCUUUACAAAGACGAAUUACGCAGGAGAAGCAGUGAAGAGAAGAAAGAAAUUAAUAGAAUAAAAAAACAAAAAAGAUAUGAAGAAUUAGCAGCAAAUUUUAGGAUACCGGAGUUUAGCAUUAAUUAUUCACCAAGACAAAGAGAUCAUGAUAACUGGAAGAAAUUGAAGGCUUGGCAUUCAGAUAUUAACAUGAUCUUCGAUUUAGACUUCAAGCAGAGGGAAAGAGAGUAUAUUCAUUCUGCUACACAGAUUCAAGAAAUAUGGGGAAUGAAUAAGAGGCAUUUGCAGCCUCUGAAUAUUCAUUUAACAAGCAUUGAUAAAAAUGAACAUAUUGCGCGAUUUAUAAAGUAUCAGAAAAUGGAAUCUUGCACUGUGCACAAGGAACACUUCUCUGACUUAUUUGAUAAAUCAGAUUUGGUUUACCUGACACCAGAUGGUCCACCGAUGAAGAGAUUUGAUAGAGACUGCACAUACAUUGUUGGCGGAUUUGUUGAUUUGGCGAAUAAAAAGCAUCAGACAUUAGGUAUUGCCAGGCAGCUAGGCAUCAGAACUGCGUCGUUUCCAAUCAAAACAUACUGCGAUUUAAGAGUGUAUCAGAAACACACAAUUUUAACAUUGAAUGCGGUGUAUGGUAUUUUACUGGACAUGUACUUACAUGGUUCAUGGGAAAAAGCGUUUGUAAAAAACUUGGGGAGUAAAUAUCCACUUUAUUCAGAUGUUUGUGUGAAGAAAAGUGUAGAAUAUAUGGAUAUCAAAAGAUACGAAAGGAUUCAAGAUGCCUUAUUAUCUAGAAAAAGAGAUGUAUUGAGAGAUAAAUAAAAAAUAGAAAACAGAA